AUGGCUGUGCACACUGUGAACGAAAGUGCUCGCGAUGAGUUGGUUAAGGUUAUGGAGUGGUUCAAAACUGCUAAAACCGAACCGCGAUCCCAUUCCUCGUCAAGAUGUACAGAUGAAGACCGGUUCGAGAUAUGCGGCCCUUUACUGACAGCGCUGGGACUUCUCAAACAGGGAAAUGGAUAUGCACUCCUACGACUAUAUGGAGACGUCGCGUUCGAAAAGGAUGACGGUCUUGAUACCCUCUUCUUCCCAUUUGGGCCCGUGAGAGUCACGGGGGAGGAGCUCCGACUUGGCAACUAUAUGCGGUUUAGGGAAUCAAAAUAUUUUCACGCCAACGUGGAUUGCCUUAUUGUUACUGUUCCUCAGACAACAGCAUGA